AGUGGCGGCUCCAGGAGCGACACAACAAACCCAGAUUUAAAACAAGUGAAUGAAAUACGCACUAACUUCAGUAACUAGCUCCACAGUGACGUUAUUAAACUAAUGUGUGUUUCACUAGCACAGUUCAAAUCCAUGUUUCAUUUCCCCAGACUUCUCCCCUGCGUUGUUAAAGGGCAGCUAGCGAUGCUACAGAGUUAGCUCCCCAGUUAGCUCCCCAGUUAGCUCACCAGUUAGCUCACCAGUUAGCUCCCCAGUUGUACAUGUGGGUGAAAUGGUGCAGAGCAUGUUUCGGACCGGGGUCCUGGUUCGGGCCGGUCACACGCUGCUUACCUGGGUCACGACCCUCAUCCUGUUCCUGCACGACACUGAUCUGCGGAGGUGUGAGGAGCGAGGGGAGCUGCUGCUGCCGCUCCUCUUCUUCUUCCUGGUCGUGAUGUCCGUGCUCUUAUACUUCGCUGUUUCUCUCAUGGAUCCUGGAUUCGUUCUCACCGACGCCGUCAAGGGGGUGGAAGGUUCAAAUGAGGAAAUGGAAUCAAUGAUUCCUCAGACUUCGACCCCCCCCCGGCUGCGGCGCUGUGGAUACUGUCUUCUGCAGCAACCAAUGAGAGCGAAGCACUGUCAGACGUGUCAGCACUGCGUCCGGCGCUUCGACCACCACUGUCCCUGGAUCGAGAACUGUGUGGGGGAGCGGAACCACCGCUGGUUCAUCGUCUACCUGCUGGUGCAGCUGCUGGCUCUGCUGUGGGCUCUGCACAUCGCUCUGUCGGGGAUUUCGCCCGGCGUCACGUGGGAGCUGUGGUUCCGGGUGAACGGGUUCCUGCUGGCGGCGCUGCUGGUGGUGGGGGUUUUCUCCGUGGUGGCCUCGCUGCUGCUGGGCUGCCACCUCUACCUGGCCUCCAUCAACUGCACCACCUGGGAGUUCAUGUCGCGCCACCGGAUCUCGUACCUGAAGAACUGCGAGUGCGAGGAGAACCCGUUCGACCGCGGCUUCUUCUGCAACCUGCUGGAUUUCUUCUGCAUCUGCAGGACGGUGAUGUGGGAGCAGGUCUACAAGAGAAACACUCUGAAUCCAGCCUGACUCUUCUUUUGAUAACUCAACUACCAGAUGGAGCCAAAUAUUUUACAAUUGUUUCUACGGUAUUUGUACGAUUUUGUAUUUAUUGACAACGAGAGCACAUUAAAACACUGAUGAUACACA